CUUUAGGGGCUCCGUAAAAUGUCUUACUCUUUGCACAAAGCAGUUACGGGCGCACCACUUUUAAAAACAGGAAAAAAAUUCCGAGUGCACGUGAAGGCAUCACUGGCUGAAUUCCGGCUGUUGCUAAGUAACGUCUGUUUGGUGAGUUUGGAAAAUAAACAUCUAAUCGAUCCUGGACAUGGCGCUUGAAACACAAGACGUCCCUCGACUUGAACUGGAGGCCGUUAUUGGAUUCAAUGGGCACGUGUUCUCUGGCUUGAAAGUGCACCCAGACGGAGAGCACCUCAUCUAUCCGCUGGGAUCCACAGUCAUUCUGAAGGGAAUCGCCGAUGGAAAGCAGCGGUUCCUGCAUGGACACACAAACAACGUGUCCUGUAUUUCAGUGUCCAAAAAUGGAGAGUAUAUUGCCUCUGGACAGGUCAACUUCAUGGGCUUUAAGGCUAUGAUAAUCAUCUGGGACUACGCACAGCAAACAAUCUACGCCCAGCUGCUUCUCCACAAGGCUAAAGUCGAGGCUCUGGCCUUCUCUCCUAAUGACAAGUACGUGGUGUCCCUUGGGGGCCAGGAUGAUGGCAGCAUUGUCGUAUGGAACAUAGAGACCAAGCAGGCCAUCUGUGGGAGUCCAGCCUCAGCUCACAGCGCCGGUCACUGCCUCACUGUGCAGUACUUAAACACAAAUGACAAUGUCUUCGUUACUGCCGGGAGUGGAACAUUGCGAGUCUGGGAGCUGGACCUUGCAAACAGAAAGAUCCGGCCCACAGAGUGUCAGACUGGAAAGCUGAAGAGGACUGUGAAAUGUGUCGAGAUCUCCGAGGAUGAUGAGUUCAUGUUCUGUGGCACCACCAGCGGAGACAUAAUGAAAAUCAACCUGAAAACAGGGCUUCUGUGUGACUGUGGACCAGUUAAAACAAAGUACAGCCUGGGUGUCAACGUCCUUAAGAUACUAAAGUCUGGAGAUCUGCUUGUGGGCUCUGGAUGUGGCAUCUUCACUCUAUGUUCAAGGACUAACUUCAAAAUUCUGAAGAAAGUCCAACUGGAAAAGGGAGUGACCUCCAUCGCUUUACGAGGAGAGAGCCAGCAGAUCUUUGUCGGGACAGAGGCCGCUCAGAUGUACCGCCUGACUAUUGGGGACUUCAAAGCUCAGCUCAUAUCCACCGGCCACAGCACCGCUGUCAGUGACAUAGCCAUCCCUUUUGGGACAUCUGAAUUAUUUGCAACCUGCUCUGGGGAAGACAUCCGGCUGUGGCACAUCGACAAGCCCAAAGAGCUGCUGCGCAUCACUGUACCUAACAUGACCUGCAACUCCCUGCACUUAAUGUCUGAUGGACACAGCAUCAUCAGUGCAUGGAAUGACGGUGUUAUACGCGUGUUUGCACCGGAGAGUGGGCGGCUCAUGCUCAUCAUUCAUAAUGCACACAGAAUGGGUGUGACAGCCAUCGCUGGCACCAGGGACUCCAAGAGGAUCAUCAGCGGAGGAGGAGAUGGACAGGUGUGCGUGUGGGAGCUGCAUCCGUGGGGCCAACGACUGCUGGAAACCAUGAAAGAGCACAAAGCCACUGUGGCUUGCAUCAAAAUCAAGAGCGACGACAAGGAGUGUGUCACUGCCAGCUCUGGUGUCUGCAUCAUUUGGGACAUUGUGAGAUUUGUGAGUCUUCAAAGGGUCAUCGCCAACACGCUGUUCAGGACGGUGUGCUACCACCCGGAAGAAUACCAGAUCAUCACCAGUGGCACAAACAGAAAGGUCGCAUACUGGGACGUAUAUGACGGCUCCACCAUCAGAGAACUGGAGGGCUCGCAGUCUGGGGCCAUCAACGACAUGCACAUCUCACAUGAUGGUAAACACUUUGUGACAGGUGGAGAUGACAAGUUGGUGAAAGUGUGGGAUUACAUGGAAGGUGUAGUAACCCACAUAGGAAUCGCCCAUGGCGGUUCUAUCACCAGCAUUGGGAUCUGCUCCAAUAACCGCACCUUAGUCAGCACGAGUGCAGAUGGAGCCAUCCUACGUUGGAGAUUCCCUCACCCUCCUUCCUCCUAAUGUGACAACCGCUUGAAGCAACCGAAACGUUUACCACCACACUUACGUAUAAUCACAUUUACUGUUGCCGUUCUCCUUUAAUCUGUCUCUAUGACAUUGUAAUGAGAACCUAACAGUCUGACAUUCACACGGCAGAAUGAGUUUUAAUAAUGAAUGUGAUUCGACGACUACAGGUCUAUAAAGUUGAUUCCUUUUCCAAUAAAGGACAGAAUUGAAAGGAUGAAACAUUUUCAGUAGUGCAGUCUCUCGGAUGUUAAUUCCUCAGCAGAGGAAUUCUGCAUCUACAGACUGUUUGAUAAUGGCAUACUUUCACAGGGCUAUAUGAUUUAGUACAUUAAAUACAUAUGCCACUUAGAAGUGAUUUGUCUGACUAGUGCUCAGAUUCAUGACACUUCAACACAUGGCUUCUGUCAGCUCAUCUAUCAGCAGUGAUUCCCUGAAAGAUACUCGUUAAAGAGUGAAGCGCUGUACAACAAAGUGCCUCUCCGACUGUCUCGGGUCUAAACCCAUUCUCCUCAUUAUUCUUCUCUGUGGCUUAUCUGAAUAAUUAAUAGCUCACCCCUGCUUCCCCCCAAAAAAGUAAAAUAACAAACCUACAUUACAAACUAAGUCAGCAAAAACAUCCCUAGAUCAGUAAAAUAGGGCAUCUUGGUCUUUACUCUUUUCCACCCUGCUAAAGAAAGUAAACAUCUACAGUGCGUUUGAAAGGACAGAAACACACCGCUUGUUAUGAUGGUUUAUCACAUGUGUGAGUUUCCUAACUGGCCUAAUAGCAUUACAGAAAGGAUAUAACGUACUGGAUGAGGCCCCGGUGAUCUUUUUCAAUAAAUCGCUACAUCUGCUUCAAUAAAUCCAAUUUUUACUA